GGAUUGACCGUCCCCAGUGUCUUUUCGAGUUUCUUUGCCAGCUGGGUUGCUGUUUGUUUGUGAGCUUCAUCGACAAAACUGAUUGUAUUUGUGGCAUUUCUUGCAAAUGUAAACCUGUCCCAGUUGGAACCUGGGGCAGAGCGUCACGAUGAAAGACCGUCUGGCUGCUCUCCAUCAGGCGGCCCAUGUGUCCGCCGAUGACUUCGGCGAUGCAGCCCCUCACGAUACCGAGAAUGCGUCUCAGCUUUUCGAUGAGAUCGAGCGAGUACGCGAUGAGAUUCAAAAGAUCCAGAUGAACGUGGAAGAGGUUCGCAAGAAGCACAGUGCCAUACUCGGAUCCCCGUCACCUGACCCAAAGGAUAAAGAAGAAUUGGAGGCGCUUAUGUUCGCAAUCAAAAAGUCUGCCAAUGCAGUGCGGGCAAAGCUCAAAUCUAUGGAAAGUUCACUCGAGAGUUCCACGCAGCGACACUCGGCCGACUUCAGAAUUCGUAAAGCCCAGCAUGCGGCACUAUCACGACGCUUUGUGGAUGUGAUGUCGGAGUACCAGAACGAUUACAGAGAGCAGUGUAAGGAGCGCAUUCAUCGGCAGCUGGAAAUCACCGGAAACGACCGCACAGUGGACGAGGUGGAGGAAAUGUUAGAAUCAGGAAAUCCCUCCAUCUUCACUCAAGGUAUUCUUGUGGAGACAGCGCAAGCCAAACAAGCACUUGGUGAUAUUCAGGCACGGCAUAACGACAUCAUGAAGCUGGAAAACAGCAUUCGGGAACUACAUGAAAUGUUCAUGGACAUGGCAGUGUUAGUGGAGCAACAGGGUGAAAUGAUUGAUCGUAUCGAGUUCAACGUAGAGAACGCAGCAGCGUACGUUGCCGAGGCUAAGGUGCAGACGAGGCAGGCAGUGGUCUAUCAGAGUCGUGCACGCAGGAAAAAGGUGAUAAUCAUCGUCGUGCUCGUAGUGGCGGUGUUGGUCGGCGGUGCCGUAAUAGCUGGUAUUGUGGCCGGUGUGGUCGACUAGGAUCAUUGCUGGAGUGCUGGCCGGAGUGGUCGGAUAGGAUCAGUGCUGGUAUGGUGGCCGGUGUGGUCGGAUAGGAUCAGUGCUGGUAUUGUGGCCGGAUAGGAUCCGUGCUCUCUGGCAACCUACUGCUACAGAGCUGAUGCUGUUGAUUGGUGGUGACAAGGCCGAUUGUUCAUGAUCAUGAUGAUUGUGGCGGCGGUGAGAUGCGGUAUACCUUUUUUUGGUGCGAAGCGGCAGCGCCUUGAUCCGAGCUCGUUGCAGCUCUCUCCCUCUCCGCCUUCGUCGUGUCAACUGCCAGGCCCGGCGUCUGUGACAUGCACAUCUGUACCUAGUGAACUUUGAUACACCGUCUCCAAGUGUUGUCGUGGCACUACGGCACAUAUGUAUGACGACGGUCGGUCGAGGAGGAAGCUAUCCAGUUGCUUGCUUGUAUUGCCCUCCUAGUCGGCCGUGAUGGCAACACCUCAACUGCUCCCGCACCAUCCUACACCAAUCGCGCAUGCAUUCACGUGCAUCCCCGUGCGCCCGUACACACACACACACACGCACACCUACACUGAGUAACAUUGAAUAGCUUAGCUGUGAUCGCGCACACGUCUUCCCUACGAUAGUUUGUUUACUAACGCCUGAGAUCCCAUCACGUACAUCCGUUCAUAUUACUACUACACCUCUCUCUCUCUCCCAGUCACUGCAGCCGCUGUCGCAGUGUACACAUGGUCAUGAGCGGGUACAGAAUUGAUUUCUCCAGCUCACCAGUCCCUAUGUGCAUGCAUGAUUACAUGUGGGUACGCGCUCAUGUAAAGCAUAGCGCAGUGCGGGGCGCACAGCCGGCUGCGUUGCUUGUAGCGACCUGUCAGCGCACUUCCCGGUCUGUAUUUUACUCGUUAGCGUGCGCCUUGAUAGCAGCUUCCCGUAACUGUGCUUUUCUUCUGCCUUUUUAUUAUAUUUCCUAUUUGUUUGUUUUUUGCAUGAGACUGGGAUUUUUUAGACUUUUGGGGGAUAUGUUUCAGAUUGCUACAUAGUCGUACAUAAUAUUUGGUAUAUAGUGGACCUCUCAUCCCUGGUGACUGGCGGUGGCCGCGUCCCUGCUACCGCCUUCUCUGCUGCUGCUGUGUGCUGCUGCCUUCAGUUUUCCUUUGCUAGACUUGUGUUUGUACAUGCCCGCUUAUUAUCUUUGCCCUCUCUCUCUCUCUCUCUCUCUCUCUCUCUCUCUCUCUCUCUCUCUCUCUCUCUCUCCCUCUCUUUCUCUCUCUCUGUCAUCCACUCUCUGUCAUCCACUCUCUCUCUCUCUCUCUCUCUCUCUCUCUCUCUCUCUCUCUCUCUCUCUCUCUCUCUCUCUCUCUCUCUCUCUCUCGCUCACUCGCUGCUCAUAUAUUAUUAGGUAAAUGCCGUGCGUUGCGGUCUAUUUGCCGCUCCAAGCUGCCAGCUCUGUUCUGCGUUCCUUGCCCUACUUGCUGUCUACCUGGACACAAAGUUUCAUUUAAAUUGCUCUCGUCCUUUCUGUUAGGUCCCCCUUGUGCUGUGAUUAGCUAGCCUGUAUUUCUCUGACCAUCUGUGUACUUUUGAGUAGACUAGCUCAUUCUUGAACCAGUGGCCUCUCUCAAUGCC